UCCAGCAGCAAUUUGGAGUGGAAACGUGUAAUAGGGGAAAAAGCAGGGAUCUCGGCGGUUUGAGCGAGCCGUGCAUCCAGGAGCCAAAAAAGAUUAACACCCCUCCGCGCCCCUCCGCGCAUCUCCCGCGCCCCUCCGGGCACGGCCGCGGCUCCGCGAUCGCCCGCCGGACACCGAGCGAGAGGGAUUCGUCUGGAGGGCACUUUCGGAUCGGGGGAGAUCUAUUGGAUUAGUGGGAUUAUCUGCCUGCAGACGGAGAGAAGUAGCGUUUGAUCAUUUCCAUUGCCUGCCUGAUGGUCGGAUUUACAUGGAGGUGGCUCGGCACGGAUGAGGCUGGAUUCCGGAUGGGGAUUUCCAGCCCCCCCUUCCCGCGCCCCGAUCCCAGGAAAGGGCAGAAAAAUAUAUAAAAAUCGCUAUAAUUGGGAAGUGUCCGGAGCGUUACCGGGAGCCCUCCCGCUCCCAGCGGCUGGGAGAGCCGGAGGAGGCGAAUCCAGCGGAUUACAGCUUCGGCUGCGAUUGCGGGAAAGCGGCCGUGAACUGGAUAUAGACCUGCGGCUAACUGGAUUUGAUUUAUAAGAGGGGAUUCUGCAGUAAAUGGCUGCUCUCUUCAUAUUGCUGCUAUGGAAAACAGAAUUGUCAAUAGGAUGUAGUCUGAUAAAUAGUGCUGAGUGAAGAUGCAGCUUCAAUAAGUGUGAAAUCAAUGGAAGAUACUUACCGCGUGAAAAGCCUUUUGAGAUUUUUCUGACAGGCGCCUAUUUAGGAAACUUGAUCUGUUUCCUCCGGUCGCCCUGUUUUUACACCAGUGGAUACAAAUCAGAUUGCUUCACUGUAGUUACACAACUAAUGUGGGACCAUGGCCUUCCCAAGAUCCAUGUGGCUGGACUGUGUAUGGAGAGCGACGGCGCUCCGCCUGCUGCACACGGGAUUGAACGCCACUUUCGCUUUUUCCAUACUUGGAUUUUUGCUCCACGAUGCAGCUGUGUCCUCCCAAAAAUUGGAUGAUACCAACCCAGUGGUGACCACCAACUUUGGCAAGAUAAGGGGGAUUAAGAAGGAACUUAACAAUGAAAUUUUGGGGCCCGUUAUCCAGUUUCUCGGGGUUCCAUACGCUGCUCCUCCAACAGGGGAGCGCCGCUUUCAGCCUCCUGAGCCUCCAUCUCCCUGGGCAGACAUCAAAAACACCACCCAGUUUGCUCCAGUGUGUCCCCAGAACAUUAUAGAGGGCAGGUUGCCUGAAGUCAUGCUUCCCGUGUGGUUUACCAAUAACUUGGAUGUAGUUUCAACCUAUGUGCAAGAUCAGAACGAAGACUGCCUCUAUUUAAAUAUCUAUGUCCCAACCGAGGAUGGUCCCCUUACAAAGAAACAGACAGAUGAUUUAGGUGAUAAUGACGGUGCUGAAGAUGAAGACAUUCGGGACAGUGGGGGACCUAAGCCUGUCAUGGUGUAUAUUCACGGAGGGUCCUACAUGGAAGGCACUGGAAAUUUAUAUGAUGGCAGUGUUCUAGCAAGUUAUGGGAAUGUGAUAGUCAUCACAGUCAACUAUCGCCUUGGGGUGCUUGGAUUUCUGAGCACUGGGGACCAAGCAGCAAAAGGAAACUAUGGCCUCCUUGAUCUAAUUCAAGCUUUGCGAUGGACUAGUGAAAAUAUUGGGUUCUUUGGUGGUGACCCAUUAAGAAUAACUGUUUUUGGAUCUGGGGCAGGCGGUUCAUGCGUCAAUCUGUUGACUUUAUCCCAUUAUUCUGAAGGUAACCGUUGGAGCAAUUCAACCAAAGGACUUUUUCAAAGAGCAAUAGCUCAAAGUGGAACAGCUCUCUCCAGCUGGGCAGUUAGCUUUCAGCCCGCAAAAUAUGCCAGGAUGUUGGCUACAAAAGUUGGUUGCAACAUGUCAGACACUGUAGAACUGGUGGAAUGUCUGCAGAAGAAGCCUUACAGAGAACUUGUCGACCAGGACAUCCAACCAGCAAGAUACCACAUAGCCUUUGGACCAGUCAUCGACGGCGACGUGAUACCAGACGACCCUCAGAUCCUGAUGGAGCAGGGGGAGUUCCUCAACUAUGACAUCAUGCUGGGAGUUAACCAAGGGGAAGGGCUGAAGUUUGUUGAAAACAUUGUGGAUAGCGAAGACGGCAUAUCAGCCAGCGAUUUUGACUUUGCGGUUUCUAAUUUCGUCGAUAACUUAUACGGAUACCCCGAAGGCAAAGAUAUAUUGAGGGAAACUAUUAAAUUUAUGUACACAGACUGGGCAGACCGGCACAACCCCGAGACCAGAAGGAAAACACUGCUGGCUUUGUUCACUGAUCACCAGUGGGUUGCUCCAGCAGUGGCCACAGCUGAUCUUCACUCGAAUUUUGGAUCGCCUACGUACUUCUAUGCCUUCUACCAUCAUUGCCAGACAGAUCAGGUACCUGCAUGGGCAGAUGCAGCCCAUGGAGAUGAGGUUCCUUACGUACUAGGAAUCCCCAUGAUUGGUCCUACUGAGUUAUUUCCUUGUAAUUUCUCCAAAAAUGAUGUCAUGCUAAGUGCAGUGGUGAUGACGUACUGGACAAACUUUGCGAAGACUGGUGACCCAAAUCAACCAGUGCCGCAAGACACAAAAUUCAUCCACACAAAACCAAAUCGUUUUGAAGAAGUAGCAUGGACCAGAUAUUCUCAGAAAGACCAACUGUAUCUUCACAUUGGAUUAAAACCACGAGUUAAAGAACACUAUAGGGCCAAUAAAGUGAACCUUUGGUUGGAACUGGUACCUCAUCUGCACAAUCUUAACGACAUUUCACAGUAUACCUCUACCACAACUAAAGUGCCAUCGACUGAUAAUACUUUCAGACCCACAAGGAAAAAUUCUGUUUCAGUUACUUCAGCCUUUCCUACAGCCAAACAAGACGAUCCCAAACAGCAGCCAAGCCCAUUUUCAGUGGAUCAAAGGGACUACUCAACAGAGUUGAGCGUUACUAUCGCAGUUGGCGCAUCUUUGCUGUUCCUGAACAUUUUGGCCUUUGCAGCGUUGUACUACAAAAAGGACAAGAGGAGACAUGAUGUCCACAGGAGAUGUAGCCCACAACGUACCACUACCAAUGAUCUCACCCAUGCACAAGAAGAGGAGAUAAUGUCCCUCCAAAUGAAGCACACUGACUUGGAUCAUGAAUGUGAGUCCAUCCAUCCACAUGAGGUGGUUCUCAGGACCGCCUGUCCCCCAGACUACACGCUAGCUAUGAGGAGGUCUCCUGAUGAUAUCCCCUUAAUGACACCCAACACCAUCACAAUGAUCCCCAACACUAUACCAGGGAUUCAGCCCCUACACACAUUCAACACAUUUACUGGAGGACAGAACAAUACUCUGCCCCAUCCUCAUCCCCACCCCCAUUCACACUCAACAACCAGGGUAUAGCCAGACAAGACGAAACAAACUUUUAUUUUUUGAUGGAUUACAGUAGGUGAUAUUACUGAAGAUUACUUGGCUUUCAACCUACAAGACUCUUACUAUUUAAAUAUGGAGGAAUAUUAUGUGAAUAUACAUAUCAAGAACAUUGGGGGUUUUGAAAAAAAUGAAUUGUACAUAUAUCAAAUGAACUUAAGAAACAAACAAAACAAACUAAAAAAAGAAACAAAAAACAAAAAACCCAACUGUUUGCAAUUGCUUGAAGCAGUUGUCCUGAAUGAUACUUUUUCAUUCACAUUCAAGUAUUAAUUUUUUGAAGAUUUAAGUUACAUAAUGGAAUUAGGCAUGUGCAACACAAACAGGAAAGAACUAUGACUGAAAAUUUUAAAAACCUAUAAAUAUGCACAAGGGACACACUAAUGGAAUGUCAGAUAAUUUUCACCAAUUUUUAUUUGGACCUGUUUUCUUGUGUAGACCAUAUUUACAUAUUUGAAUAAGUACACAAAGCACCAAUGCUGUUAAGGCCUUAGAAAGGGGCUCAUGCUGAAAUCUGCCAGUCAGAGAAGUUUUACAGCCUGGCAGGUACAACAUUAUCACAUAAGUGCUGUCAGUAUAAAAGUUGUGGGAAUAAAGGAAACUGGAUAUUUUUAGCACGAUGUGCAUGAUAAUUUAUAUGCUUGGUGGCUGUGCUGCUGAUUAAGCCGUAAUUAAAAUUCUUCUCAUCCCAUUGGAGUUUUUAAUAGAAGCUUUCUCCAUCAAUUGGCACAACCUAAAGAAGUUUUUUAAAGGGGCAAAAGUAAUCACAGUAAAAUAUUUCAUGGUAGCUUCUGAAAAAGAAGGGAUUGCAACAGUUCUUAAAGGUAUUGAUGGCAUUCUAGGUAUACAGUGGUGGACCCUCACUGAUAUGAAUCCCAGACAAAAAAAUGUAUACUAUUAAUGUUCUUUUUCCUUUCCACCUAAAUAAUUUCUGACUUUGAAUCAACUAUAAUUUUAAUGGAAUCUCCUUUGAUGAAGGAUUUAUAAUUUGCUGUGAUUUAGUUUCAGGGUAUUUUGUUCAAAUUUAUGAGGUAAAGUGUGUCCAAAAAUUUAAUUGCAAUGACAUUUUGCCAUUUAAAAUUGCCCCAGUAUUACUGCUCUGAUUACACCUUUCAGUUUAUUGUUUCAACUCAUGUUGCAUGUUACAAAGUUUACUUAUAAUACGUUAAUAUAAUGUUAAUUCCCUUUUUGCUAUACAUUAGCUUUGUCAUUCCAAUUAAUUCUCUAGACCAGAUGGCAAGAGUGUAGAAAAAGAGGGUAUAUGAGAAAGGGGAGAGAGCCAACAACUGGAAAUUUAAAAAUCUGGAUACUACAUAUGUUUGUGUGAUUUGAAGUGAAUGUUCUAAAAUCACAAGAAAUUUUUCAUUCCCCUGUUGCUUUCCAGUAAUUCUAUACCAUGGUCCUUUCAAAACGUUUGUAUAUGUAAUCAGAUGUACAUUUAUAUAAAAGAAAUAAUUGAGAUGGACUUAAGAGCACAUCCCUGAUAAAUACUUUCUCUCUUACCUGUACUAUAUUUCUAUUAGACUAAAGUUAUGUGAUUUUUUUUUACAUUUUUUCAAAUUACUAGCAAUUUUGAUAGUUUGUAAGAUAAUGCGAAGAACUUUCUCUGACAAACUAACUGCAGUAACAGAAACAUUUCUUUUCAGUUACUCUUUUUCAAGAAUGAAAGCUUAUUACACACAAAAAUUGUAUACUACUUGAUGGAAAAUUACUUUGUAUUUCUUGGCCAUAUUACUGGUCACUGAGUGAAAUAAAGAUAAUCUGGAUAACGAAUAUUAUUCCAAUGUUAAGAGACCUGAUCUUUGCUCAUUAAAGAGCUAAAAUGUUUAUUGCUGUUUUGUCAUUUUUUAAUGAAGUAAUGGUAACUGUCUCAAAUAAAGAGUAAUAUCUUAAGACCAGUCUGGUUUUUGAAGACAUGAGGGUGCCUUCUACAAUUAAUAAAACUGCAUAUUUAUAGGCCAGCCCCAUCACAGCUAUUUCUUACAGAAAUAUUGACAUUGUGACUGUCAUCACAUGUAAAUCUCCCCCAGAUUUAAGAAAUGAGUUAAAAAUGCAAUAUUGACACAAAAAAAAAGGCAAGGAACAGGCCAAAUUGAAAUAAAUCUGCAAUAUUCCAUGAUGCGAACAAAAAAAUCACCUGGGUUUUUUUGGGUGAUUGAACUUUUAUUAUAAAAGAUUGCUGAGGAGUUUAAAGUAUGUUUGCUAACAUCGAGCAUAGACAUUAAAAAUAAAGCUGAAACCAAACCAAAUACUGCAAUUUCAGUUAUUUUACAUCCCUAUUUAACAAAAAAAAAAAAAAAAACAAAAAAAAAACAAAAAAACAAAAACAAAACCCCAAACAUGUACUUAGUACUUGUUACAGUCCCCAGUUUUAAAUCAAGGUCUUUUUGUAGAAGCAUAAAAAAUAGUCUUCAAAAUCCAGGGCGGUCUGUGUGCAAUUUCUGCCUGAUGUGGUUGUGCUUUUAGACUGUGACCUGCCAAUGUAAACCAAUAAAAAGAAUUGUCUGCCAUCUGAUAAUUAUUGUUUAAUAAGAAGAUUGUAUUUUGCUAUGUUGAUGAAACAAAAGAAAAAAAAAAUACAAAAAUAUUGAUGGCCAUAAAACAAGAUAUUAAUGAAAUAUGAUUUUAUGUGCUUUUCUUAACUUUAUCAAAACCAAAAUAACUUUCUACUAUAGUUUCUUUGUGGCCAUAUAUCUAUAUAUCUCUAUAUAUACAGUAUCUGGUAAUUGUUUACUUUUAUUAGUUACAAAAUAAAUGAUUUAGGUAAAGCAAGCAUGACACUACACUUUAUUUCUGUCAGCCAAUAGUAUUUAAAAUGUGAAAGAUGAAGGCAACAACACAAAUUUUGUCACUCCUGUUUGGGAAAAAAAAAAAAGUCCAUUCCUGUGAUGCAGAUACUGUGAAUGAUAUUUUAGUGGCUACUUUAUACUGACAUUACAGCAGCUGGCUUUCCAAAAGUAAGAUGGUGUCCCACGUUUUAACAUAACAUUGAGAAAGAGCAAGAGAUGUUUUAAAGCUGAAAUGAGAAGAUAAGAAAUGGUUUUGGAAUAACUUCAUGUGCUUCAUGGAUAUAUAAGUUUGUUAUUUUCAAGAUAUUUUAUCUAUUUGAUUUGUUUAUCAUGGUAGCAUACACAAAAGCAAAAUUGAGUGUGAUAUUUAAUUUCUUGUAUCAUCCUUGGACCAGAUUUCCAAUAAAAUUAGGGUAUCAGUCAGUCUUUGGAAGUUCAGUAAAAAUAUAAAGAGCCUGCAUUUAUUGAUUUCACACUUUUGUAAAUAUGUUUGCAGACCUUUUUAAGAAAAUGUAUUCUACCAUUUUGAGAAAAAAAAAUAACAAUGGAAUCAUUGUCUCGUUUAUCUAUUGAAAUUACAGGCAAUAUAAUGUGCUGUGCUGACAUUUCUAGGAGAAAUAAAACCGAUAAAAAACGCAUUUUGCUCAAUGGUAUCUCAGUUGGUUGUACCCGGUGUCCUCCUCCCACGGAAGACUUGCAAGGCAUGGAUGAACCUCCCGGAUAAAAUCCUCCAUAGGAAAAUGCAGUUGUUAUUUUUGUUGUCUGUACUAAACAUGGAUUCCUGUGUCACAAGUCUUUAAUUAUUGGAUGUUUUUGUUGCUCACACCCCCUGAAAACCGGAUGAAUAGAGGUCUACCAAAUAAACAUGUUACAGUUUUAAAGACACCACUGCACAGAAGAUGCUGGAAUUUCUGUUGCCAACUUCACUAGGAGAUGAAACAGCUGACUUCACAGGAAGCUGUCAAACAUCAUGGUAUUCCUUUGAUGUUUGGAAGUUGUUGCUUUUUCCCUGUGAUGUUGGUUUAAAACAUUGGCCUUUCCCCCCGCCUUUUUUCUAGUACUGAACAGUUACAGAUGGUCGCUUUUUAAUGUAAGCGAACGUUAGAUAAUUUAAUUAUUAUUGUGAAAAUGUGCUUCCAAAUAAAUUAGAUUAAUGGGAAAUUCCCUUCAGAGGUUUUGUUAUUUUUCAUUCAAAGCUUUUGUCAAAAUAUCUGUUGCAGCAGUUUUGGUUGGUUUUUUUCCCCCCUCAGUCUGCAAGCUAAGAGACUUUCUCCAAAUAACAUUAAAAAUCUCCUUUUCUAUUUGAAAUAAUAACAUAUAAGAUUAAGAUGCCCUCCUGAGGCCUCCAAGUAAAUAUGAACAAUAUGAAACAUAGCAAACGAGCUUUUACUCUAAACAUUCUUAUUUGAUUACAUUCUGGCACAUCAAUACAUUUAUAUGCAGACCAGAAAAUUAGCAGCAUUUGAUAAGGUGUUCAAGAGAACUUUGCAGCAGAAUCGAUGAGUUCAUCACCAGCCAUGCACAAAGUCCCUUUUCUCAGGUUCUGUUCAUGCCACUGUAUAAUCAAUUUCUUAUAUACAGGUUCAGUAAAACCUUAACUUUGUGAAAUGGGAAAGUGUUAGAACAAGAUAAUGAACUUUAUCUGGUGGAAAAUGUUUAGAAAAAAACCUGUUGAGAGCCACCUAGGAGGUGUAGAUUUUUAUAUGCAACCUGGCUUCGUUCCUUUUUGUUGAUAUUAUAAUUCUCAGUAAUUUGUACUCCUGGGAAACUAUCAUUUCUGUAAUAAGCUUUAGUUUUGAAAAAGAAUUUGAGUAUUGUAUGUAAAUCAUGGAUUAAAACCUGAGUUUCAUGA